UCGAGCCACAUCUCCGCGCGCUCGUCGCUCUGCGUGUGCUAUAUAUAUAUUUAUGUUCGUCGUGUCGGCUCCUAUAUAUAUGUCUAUGUGCCUCCACCCGGUCUUCUCUCUGUAUAUAGAUGCUUUCAUCGCUGUGUGCUGUAUAAUUUUUGUUGAUUCUCCUUUUGUUUACUGCUCCAGAGAGAGAGAUAGAGAGUGAAAAUAAAAUAAAAAAAAUACAAGUGUUGUGUGUGCUUUAUAGUGCCUCGUUUCGUUCCGUCCCUUUUUAUACCUUUGUUGUCACGGUCGUUGUCAAAAUUAGUUCGGCUCGUACGUGAGUUUUUAUUUUCACUCACUCGCGAUCGACGCCUGGCAGCGGCUAAUUUUCGUCUCCGGCUCCAAACAGUGGAGAGUGCAAGUAUAAAAGUUCGCGAAGGGAAAAACUUUUCUCGUCGUGGUGUCCGCGUAUCAUUAUUAUCACAAAGUGCAGCUCCACGAGCAAAUUAUGUCAAAUCGUCAGCGUCAAUAACACGACAAUCAAGACAGAGAGAGAGAGAGAGAGGGAUGAAUUAUCGCGUAUUGUUCCAGCGCUGCAACUAGCUCUCGUUGACGAUUCGCCCGCCGAGCUGCCUUUGUUUAAUGCAGCGAUAUAAAAGCAGCGCGUAAACAGCUGCAACGACGAAAACAACCCCGUCAGCUUUCGUGCACCCUCGAUCUCGAUGUACAACAAUAACAAUAAAAGCGUGAAUAGAGCUGCGGAAUAAUGACCGCGGGUGCGGUAGCGCGUACGCGAAGUGUUUGUUAAUAAUAUAUAUAAUAAUAAAGCCGGUGAGUGGCGGUGUGGUUGAUUGUUUCGGUGGCUCGUUUCGGGAGAUUUCAUUCGCCGGUGUGGCACCACUACCCCCCACACGGAGAGAAUCAAAGACGAAGUGAGGCGAACCGAGCCAACGAGCAGCCACCGACAACAUGUUCAAGAGAUUGACCAGGACGCGGCGUCACAGCGCCGACGAGAUCGGCGGCCUCCAUCACGUCUCGGGGAAGAAUUUCAGCGGCGGCGACGCCGACUUCCAGCCGCAGAGAUACCGCGACAAAAGUGAUCAUCAUCAUCAUCGUAGUCGCGAGCCGAGUCCCGCGUCGACGUCCCUGCACUACAACAACUCGUCGUCAACUUGUCCGUCGCCGACGCCCCAGAGCUAUCUGCACUCGGCCAAGUCGCGCUUCUCGCGGCGCAGCUGCGGCGACGCCUACUCGCUGCUGUCGUGCAGCGACGAGGACGCCUCGUCCAACAGCGGCGAGAGCACCUGCACGACCAGAUCUGCGUCGCGACGGGAGCAGGAGAGCAAGGAGCGGGAUUACACGCUGGUGACGGCGGUGCCGGCCUUCAUCGUCGAGCACGAGCCCGAAAAGCAAAAGAGUGGUGGCGGCCUAAAGGACGUCUGGGGACUGCGGCGGAUGGGCAAAAAACUCGACUCGUUCAGGCGCUCGGGCUCGCGCGACUCCAUCUGCGGCACCAUACCCGAGCGGCCCGACACCAAUCACAAUCACAUCGACGGCGGUGGUACGAACAACAACAACAACAAUUACAACAGCGACAACAACAACGUCAACAACAACAAUCACAGCCUCGGUCGCAACAAUAACAAAAACAGCAACAACAACAACAACAAUCAUUGCAACGAGAAGCUGAGGAGGAGCAGCAGCACCGAGAAGAAGAGCAGCAAGCGCUCCGCGUCGCCCUUCAAGUCCUUCUUCAUACGCAUGGGCUCGACGGGCAUGCUGAACGCCUCGUCCUCGAGCAAGAAUCGGGAGCAGCAGCAGCAGUCUCAGUCUCAGCAGCAGCAUCGGUCGAGGAGAUCCUCGCAGGCCAACUGCGAUAGUAAAUCCUCGAGUCAGACGACGGGCGACAAAAGCGACGGACUGUUUCGCAGCUGCAGCACCAGUCAGCUGAACACUAGUCCGACCUACGUCAAGGGCGACGAUCCGUCCGAGGGCAUCGAUCUGCGAAUGACCUCCAACAAACUAUCCUCCCUAUCGCCAGCCCAGCAACAACAACAGCAAUCCGACUGCCUGCAGAGCAAGACGAUGUCGUGCGACAAUCUGAGCGGGUCAUCGCGUCGUCGCAGCUCGAGCAUCGACGAGGACAGCCUCUACGACGAGGAGGAGCAGCAGCGAUGCCAGUCGACGACGCCGUCGUUCGCCCCCUGCGACUACAACGUGCCCAGCUGCCGCUCGGACUGCAUGCGCAAGUCGUCGAGCUGCGACUUCAAGGAGAGCAAGAAGGGCAGCUUCCCGUACGCGUUUCUCAGAUCGCGCCUGUCGGUGCUCCCGGAGGAGUCUGCGUCGUCCGCCGCGCGCAACUAUCACGGCGGCAGCAAGGAGGAGCGACUGUUCAAGACCGCCUCGGAGGAGCACUUCCCGGCGCUGCUCAAGAUCGAGGACAGCUUCGCCGACGGCACGACGACACUGGGCAGGCGGCGACCCGUCAAGAGCAACAGCAGCUACAACAACCACCAAGAGCAUCAACAGCAGCAGUAUCGGGACCAUCGAUCGUCCAGCGGUUCGCGUUACAGACUAGGUGGCGACUACGCGAGAAACUCCUACGCCGAGGAGGACAACAACGGCGGCAACAGUGGAUACUUCAAGGUGCCCUCCAUAAUGCGCAACACGGGCAACAGCGACAAUCAGCGCAAUUCCGUCUCGCUGCCGUACCACCACCAGAUCAACGACUCGGCCGAGCCCAUGAGUCUGGAUCUGAGCUACGACUGUCAGUCCGAGCGUCCGGCCUCGGCCACGGCCACGGCCAGGACCACCACCACGACCUUGAUCAACGACAAUCGACGAAAUUCCGUAGCCUUCGGCAAUAAUAGUCACCACAUCGUCACCACCACCAACGGAGUCGGCGAGCAGAGACUGUCGUCGCACUACGUCUCGUCGAACGAGUCGGGCUACGACAGCGACGGCACCCGUGGCGAAUCGGCGGCCUCGGAGGUCGAGAAUCACUCGAAGAACGGCAGCGCCGCGACCAGCAGCAGCGGCGGCGACGGCAGCUCCGACACGAGCAGCGUCAUCGACGCGGAGCUCGACAAGCCCGUGAGGAGCUCGACGCCGGCCAGCGACGAUCGAGUCUGCGUCAAGGACGACUUGUCGGCCCACAACAAUCACGACGGACUGAGAUGGCAUCGCAGCUCGUCCGGUCGCAUGUUACCCAGUAUCAAUCAAGCCAACAACGGCAGCAGCAACAAAUCGGAGUCCUGUAACGGUAGUGGAAUUCUAGCCUCGGCGCAUCGCAUGCGACUGCAGCAGGACAAGACGCGAUUCUUGACGGACAUAAUCGAGCCGGCGACGCAGACGCAGGUGACGGCCACCCAGAGGAUCCGCAGGACGAGGCUGGUGCAGCUGCGCAAAUCCGAGCCCAAGGAGAGCUUGGGCAUCAGACUGGCGCAGCAGAGGCUCGGCGAGUCGCGACACUACGUCAUAGUGCAGCUGGAGAGCGACGGCAUUGCUCACAGGGACGGCAGACUGAGGCUAGGCGACGAGAUAGUCGAGGUCGAGGGCAAGGAUCUGCGCAGUCUCAGCGAUCUCGACGAGGUGCAGGAAUUUCUGCGCUCCUGCGAGGCCACGACCAUACAUCUCAAGACCGUCUACGAGGAGACGGUGCCGCAGAUCUUCCCACUCGAGGAGGUCAAGCAUCAGCAGCAACAGGACGACGCAGCUUCGGCGACGACGACGAUCAACAAAUCGAACAGUAUGACGAGGAGGAGUGAGUACAUGGAAAACUCGAGGAAUUUAGGAGGCGGCGGUGGAACACUGGACAGACUGGACAGAGCCAAGAUACUGGCGCACAAGCGGCCGGACUAUCUGGCCUUGAACAAGAUCGCGAGCAGUCCGAGCGGUGUCUCGGUUACGAAAACAACCACGACUACACAGCAGCAGCAGCAGCAGCCGCAGCCACAGCAACUCGUGACGACGAGGCACGUGGUGCGAUUCGAGAAGGGCGCGGGCAAGCCCAGCCUCGGUUUCAGCGUCGUGGGCGGCCGCGACAGUCCCAAGGGCGACAUGGGCAUCUUCGUGAGGCGAAUAUUCUCCGGUGGACAGGCCGACGUGCAAAAAUCUCUAUUCCAAGGCGACGAGAUACUCUCGAUAAACGGCAAAGUCCUGAGAGGAUGCACGCACCAGGAGGUCAUCGAGCAGUUCAAGGGCAUCAGAGAGGGCAUCGUCGAGCUCGAGUUGGCCAGACGACAUAGGCAUCCGAAGGUUCCUCUCAAAACGGCACCCUACUAGAUUAUAAAGAAAAAAAAACGACCGGCAUCGAGCAUCUGCGUACCUGCCAUAAUAUAUAGAUAAAAAAAAGUAAACCAGCUAUCGAAACAAUAUAAAUAUAAUGAUAGAAUAUAUUAUUAAUUAACUCGAAGACUCACAUCUAUGACGAUAAAAAAAAAUAAUAAUAAUUGAUCAUGCUAAAGCAUCAAAGCGUUAUGAAUUCUUAGAUUCUAGUCUCCGUUUUUUAAUUGCUACGACACGUUAAUAUUUAUAUACAUAUUAUAUAUAGAUUUAUAAUACACUCAUUCACAUUGUAUAUUAAUUGUACUGUAUUAAUUUUUAAGCGACUAUCUAUUAUACUUAUACUCCGACCCUCUUUUUUCACCUCGUUGUUGUUGUUGUUGUACAAUGUCGAAAAAAAAAUCAAAAGAAAAGAAAUCUUUGUAAAACGAUUUAUACGAAUAUUUACAAUUUGCAAUAUAUAUAUUAUAUUAAAUUAUAUAGAAGUUUAUCGGACUGUUUCGCGACUACGUAGCACGUAGUUUUUCUUUCGAUAUAGCUCUCGCAUGCGCGUGCGUUCGUAUAUGGUAUUGUUUUCUCGUUCGUAUCGAGAAUGAUAGGAAAGCAAAAAAAGCUCAUUUUGUAUUAUAUGUAGAAGUCGAAGGAGAUUUACGAACAAAAUAGAAGAAAUCGUCGAAUGAAACUAAACGCAAUAAAUUGUACGACGUUGUAUUUGAAUGUGAUUAAUUUCAUUUAUAUACGGCUCCUCUCGUCGAGGCAUCCAAGAGCCCUCGGGGCAGAGAAUUUCUUCUUUUUUUUUUUUAUUAUAAAUAACGAUGAAAUAAAUAAUUAAUAUAUGACUAUAACGUGCGUUAUCGAUGUUUCCCGCCCUUUCUUGUUUACAUCUGCUCCUUUUUUCUCGUAGUUACUUGCGACGGUUGGCUCUGUCUAACGGGAGACCCACGCGUAGCCACUUUCUCUUUCGAGCGUUAUAAACAGUAACGGUCGCGGAACAUAUGCUCAGUGUUAAUUUUUCGGUGUGCAGUG